CUCAAGGGGUGAAGACAAAAAGAGAAUGGAACCAGAGCUGGAAUGGGACUAGCAUCUUAGAUAUUUCCAGGCGUAUCAGUGUUCACACACACACGAGCCCAUGACGGUGACAUACAGUAAUCGUGUUGCUGAUGCAAAGCUGGGCACCUUCUCCCGUUUGCUUCUCCGAUGGCGUGGCAGUAUCUAUAAACUGCUGUACCAAGAGUUCCUCAUCUUCAUCGGCUGCUAUUUUCUCAUCAGUGCCACAUACAGGGUUCUACUUAAUGAGCAGCAGAGGACUUACUUUGAGAAGGUGGCUCUGUAUUGCAACAACUAUGCAGAGCUGAUCCCUGUGUCCUUUGUUCUGGGAUUCUAUGUGACGUUAGUUGUGUCUCGCUGGUGGGGACAGUAUGAAAGCGUGCCGUGGCAGGAUCAUCUCAUGUUCUUGGUGUCCAGUAAUGUGCAUGGCACAGACGAAAGAGGCAAGAUGCUGCGUCGAACACUGAUGCGCUACGCCAACCUGUCAGCCCUGAUGAUUCUGCGCUCUGUUAGCACUGCCGUUUACAAGCGCUUCCCUACACUGCAGCAUGUUGUGAAUGCAGGCUUCAUGACAGUCGCUGAAUGCACAAAGCUUGAGAAAAUUGUCUCUUCGCACAACAAGUUCUGGAUCCCUUGUGUCUGGUUCGCUAAUCUAGCGGUGAUCGCUAGGACUGAGGGACGAAUACGCGACAAUGUUGUUCUACAGCUUAUUCUUAAAGAGCUGAUUUCUUUGCGCACAAAAUGUGGGAGAUUAUUUGGCUAUGAUUGGGUCAGCAUCCCACUAGUGUACACCCAGGUGGUUACAGUAGCCGUUUAUAGUUUUUUCCUGGCUUGUCUGAUUGGUCGUCAGUUCCUAGACCCUCAGAAAGGAUAUCCUGGUCACGAAUUAGAUCUCUACGUCCCCGUUUUCACCCUGCUACAAUUCUUCUUCUAUGCCGGCUGGUUAAAGGUGGCUGAACAGCUAAUCAACCCGUUUGGACAGGACGAUGAUGACUUUGAGACAAACUGGUUAAUUGAUAGGAAUUUCCAGGUCUCUCUUUUAGCAGUGGAUGAGAUGCACCAGAACCUCCCCCCGUUAGAGAAAGACCUGUACUGGAAUGAUUCAGACCCCCAGCCUCCCUACACAACCUCCACUGCAGAGACUCGAAGGCCAUCUUAUAUGGGUUCUGCUUUUGACAUCAGUUUACAGAAAGAAGAUUUGGAAUUUCAGCCUCUUGAACAGAUUAAUGAACAUGAGGAAGCCAAUCACUCUACCCCACUCCUGGGACCUCUUGGACGUUUCUUGGGAGUCCAUUCUCCAAGCCCACCACGGGCCAACUCGCGCUUGAGCUUGCUUAUGAGACGAAGGAGUGGGGUUCCGCAUUUCAUCCAUCGUGACAUAAAUAACCUUAGGAGUGGAGAAGCACUGAGAGACCUUAAUGUUUUUAUGUCCACCCCUUUCUAUGAGAGGCCAGGGUUUUAUAGCGCCCCUCAAACUCCACUUAAUGGAGUCCCUACAAUAUGCCCCCAGCGGUUCCCUGGUAAUGGCAACCCAACACUUUGCUCCACGCAGUGGACUAGGAAAAAGGGGCCCACAUGUGACACAGCAGAUGAAUUGUCUAGUUUAUCUCCUGGAUCCAAGCAAUGCUUUGUGUGGCCUCCUGGAAGUAUGGAGGAAGAGGAGAAGGAAAUUGUAUGUAAUACUGGUAGUACACCCACCCUACAAACUGAGCAUGUGGGAAUGCAGAGUCCUGCACCCAAAAGACUAACAAGAAGCCAGCAGGUUAGUUCGUUAUUUCUUGGGAAUCCAGCACAGACAUCAACUGAUGUUCUGCACACGCCAGGACACAGAGUAUCUCGUUCUAUCUUUUCAUUUUCUCCCGUUACUUCUCCAACUUUGGAAAGGGCUUCCAGAACAUCUUGUACUGGCCAGGGACAGAAUGAUGGAACCACAGAGAGUGGUAAGGAUCAACAUGGCGCCAAAUGUCCUUCUCCCAAAGACUCAGGGAUUAGUUUAGCUGAGGGAGACUUUACAGAGCUAAUGGAAGUUAUCAUGGAAGCUGGAGAACCCUCUGAACAAGAAGGAAUGAACGAAUGAUAGUCUAGCAGUCGCCCAUUUACUAGUCCAUGGAAAUCUGAAAACCUUCCUGUGCAAGAAUGAAAGAAGCGUCCUACUUAUGAAUUCUUUGCGGUGUGACUAAAGGACAAAACAUUCAAAGUAUUUUGUGUAAAAACCCUUUAAACUAAGUACCAAAGUUGGAAGAGUGACAGUCUGGUGUUAGUCUGAGGAAACCAAACCAACUUUGU